AAUAACCAAAUUCUCAUUUUUUAUAUUAGGGAAAAACCCCCGAUAAUUUUGUAUUGGAACUAGCAAAACGUCCCCUACCAACAAUCUGAACCAACAAAGUAAAGGAGCUCUCAAUCCUCCAGCUUUCUCUCCACUCACUCCCUGUUUCGGCUUAUCCACAACCCUCCUCCUCCCUUCUCCCCCAAUCUCUAAAAUUCACAACAAUGGCGGACAGCGGCGUAGUCACCGUCUACGGUAACGGCGCGCUUUGCGAGAGCACCAAGAAAUCCACCUUUUCUGUCAAGGUCGGCCUCGCCCAAAUGCUCCGCGGCGGCGUAAUCAUGGACGUCGUUAACGCCGAGCAGGCCAGAAUUGCCGAGGAAGCCGGCGCCUGUGCCGUCAUGGCUCUGGAGCGAGUCCCCGCCGACAUCCGCUCUCAAGGAGGCGUCGCCCGGAUGAGCGACCCCCAAUUGAUCAAGGAAAUCAAGCAGGCCGUCACCAUCCCCGUCAUGGCCAAAGCCCGCAUCGGCCAUUUCGUGGAGGCUCAGAUCCUGGAAGCCAUCGGAAUCGACUACGUGGAUGAAAGCGAGGUCCUGACCCUGGCCGAUGACGAGAAUCACAUCAACAAGCACAAUUUCCGGAUCCCUUUUGUCUGUGGUUGCAGGAACCUCGGCGAAGCCCUGCGCCGGAUCCGGGAGGGCGCGGCGAUGAUCAGGACCAAAGGCGAGGCCGGGACGGGCAACAUAAUCGAGGCUGUCAGGCACGUGAGGUCGGUGAUGGGAGACAUUAGGGUUUUGAGGAACAUGGAUGACGAUGAGGUCUUCACUUUCGCCAAGAAGAUUGCCGCCCCGUACGAUCUGGUGAUGCAGACCAAGCAGCUCGGGAGGCUCCCCGUGGUCCAAUUUGCCGCCGGGGGAGUGGCGACUCCAGCUGAUGCGGCCUUGAUGAUGCAGCUCGGCUGUGACGGCGUUUUCGUCGGCUCUGGGGUGUUCAAGAGUGGGGAUCCGGCCAGGAGGGCUCGGGCAAUUGUGCAGGCCGUGACCCAUUACACGGACCCUGAUGUUCUUGCAGAGGUGAGCUGUGGAUUGGGCGAGGCCAUGGUAGGAAUCAAUCUGAGUGACGCUAAGGUUGAAAGGUACGCCAAUCGAUCAGAAUAAGGAAGGAGGAGAGCCUUUGGCAUUGCAGAACCGUUUGGCACAUCCAUUUUUGUUUUAUGUUCUCUGUUAGCAACCUCGAAUUCAUAUCAUCCAUCCCCUUUCACAUUCUUAAGCCGUUACUUGCUAGCUCUAUGAAGCUUUCUGAGACACAUCCAUCCAUGGUCAAAUGUCGAUUUUCCAAGUGUUAGUUUGGCUGCAAUUGACAUCAACUUCUCCAGUGUUGGUUUGGCUUUAUGAUGAAUAAAUGUGCUUCAUUGUUCAGUUAGAUUCGCAGCAUGCCCAUCUGCAUAUAUACAACAAAAAUGGGAACUUUGGGGCCUUUCUAGAUCGUAGCUAGUGCUGAUGAUGCAGUAGUAGUUCCUUUCUUGUCUGAGAUCAUGUUUUGUUGGUGCAUUUAGCUUGCAAUUCAUACGAGACAGACAUCUGAGAGGUGACUGGUCUUUCUGGGGAAAUCUUGUCGUCUCAAUGCUGUUGUUUGUUCUUUCACUUGGCUGGUCAGGUGAUUGAACAGUAUUGAACGAAUAUGAAACUAUGUUUGGAUCUUUGUAUGCCUGCCUUAUGUUUGGAGGUUUCUGUACUGAUAAUAUUCUCUUUCGGCAUAGUGAAUACAAUAUAGUAAUUUUGGUUGGCUUGCAGUGCAUAGGUCUCUAGUAAGAUAGUAGGAUGAAUGAGCUUCGACAGAUUUAAAAGGUUGCUUUAGCCUCAGGGAGUCUGAGAAGAACAGCAAUCGGAGAAUUUAUAACCAUAUGCAGGUGUAAGGAGCAUAUAUGAUAUAUCCUAUUUUCUCUAAAGGGGGCAUAUACAUAAUUGUAACUUUUAGGACAGCUAGGACUUGCACCUACCAAACGUGACUUAGUGCAAUUAUUAAGGGGUAUGGCUAGUGCCUCAAAUGAGGUGCAUUGAACUGAGUUUUGAUGUUGAUUAAGCUCAAUUCGUUAAUAAUCGAUUCGAUUUCGAGUGUUGAACGAGAUUUACUGAGCUCCACGUCGAGUCGUUCUUGAGCAAGUUGGCUCAUUUGCAACCUUAGUUAUUGGUAUAAUAUGUUCAUCUACUAAAUAUUUUUUCAAACAUGUCCCUCUAUUAUUUUUUAGAUAAAAAAAUAAUGAUGUACUUUAGAAAUAUUAUCAAAUAUGCCAGUGUUUUGAAGUUUUUCGGAAAAAUUUGUUUGGUGUGUUCGCUUCCAGUAUGUUUUUUUCAUUCAUGUCAUCAGAGAAGGAUGACAUUGAUGAUGCUAUCGAUUGUGGGAUCUACAUUGGGGUCUAAUACGUCCGUGUUGGAGAGUGUGUUGAAGAAUUUAUGCAUGUUUUAAGCAAGUUUAUUUCACAUAACAGGCAAUACGGUUAGUAACAUGACUCGCUCGGAACUACACCAUGAAGUAAUCCCGAUUAGAGCCCAAGUUUUUAAAUUCUAGUCAUGUGCAGUGUAGGGCAACUAUUUCAUUGUCAAACCCAGGGCGGUCCAUGUACCUCUACUUCAAUCGCUUAAGUUGUUAUCUAGCAAAACAGUUUUGGGUUUAAAACUAUGGAAAACUCUAAGUGAGGAGCUUCACUCGUGUGUUGCUUUCCCCUAACCAACUACCAAGAACCGUGGGAUUGAAUGAAGUGGCGUGCGACGAGGCAAUUGUGACACGUUGGAGGCGCAAGCAACAAUGGUUGGAAACUAUUCUCCCAAUCGCUAGGCCAAGGUAGGGGUCAAAGGCUACAAUUGUAGCCCUCUUGGCCCAAGCAAUUUAGGGUUGACUUAUCUUCUCCCUCAAACCAAGGGUUUGGACGAUAUAAUCACAAUUAACCCAGAUGUCUAAUUCAAACUUAGAGGUUUGCCCUUAAUCAACCUAGAAUAGAAGACAUGUAAUGCCCGAAGAAACCCAUCUCUAAAAGAGCCUCUUAACCAAAUGAGGUCUCCUCUCUAAACUAGGUUAGAAUGUCAAUUAGAUUGAUAGGCUUUCACACAACACAAUCAUUCAUGAAUAAUACAUCAAACCUUAAAUUAAACACCUCCAACACACAAUCAUUCAAUCCACACAACCAAUUAGAUGAUAGGAGUUUGGGGUUCUACAACACCCAAGUGAAAAAGGAAACUACUCCAUGCUAGAUAAAGGAAGAACACAAAGGAAGAAAAAAGAAACCAUCAUUGUGAUGCCUCCAACCCUCCUUGUGCUUGUAGAACUUCUCCUUGGGAGAGGUUCUUCCAAAAUCUUCACUUGGAGCAAACCCUAGCCUCUUCUCCCUCUUGGUUUGUUACUUUUUCUCUCCAGGGUUUCAAGAAGAAGGCUCCCCCCCUCCCCCUUUUGGGGCUCCCCCUCUUUCUUCCUUUCAACUCAGAUUUUAUACUGGGAUCGGGCUCCGUUCACGGCUUCAGUUCACUUCCGUGAACUCCUCAAUGCGUCCAUGAACUCGGCGUGUUGUGUCGAAACGCACCGCUUCACUCACUUGAGUUCACGUUUUGCACUCAACGUUCAUGGUCUUGGUGACCAUGAACUCACGCGGCGUCAGUAACCUCAGAAAUCGCCAUGGACGCUUCGUGGUUCACAGUUUAUGGCUUCAGUUCACUGUCUUAGGAGACCGUGAACUCCAAUGGGAAACCGUGAACAUGGCCUGAAACCUGGAUGCAUGCACUUCACUAUUACAGGGCAAUUGUCACGGACUUGGGACUUUUCUUUGGGUUUUCGCACUUUUUCGACCUCUAAUCGUCCCAAAACUCAUCCUCGACCCUUCCACACUUUCUAGGACCUGAAAUGUAUCAAAACAAGCACAACCUAGCGUGAAAUAUGUCGAGGGACGAUGAAAUUCAAAGCCGAUCUAUUAAGAAAUGAGGGGUAAAAUGUGUACAAUUAGGCCCGAAUCACUCCCCCACACUUGAACGUUUGCUUUUCCCCAAGCAAACCAAUCUCAAACAAGGCAAUAUUUCAACCCAACAACAAAACUUGGGGACCAAUCAAAGGGAACACAAUAGAUGUAUCUCAAUGUUUAAUUGGCAUCAACAAAUGAACCGACACAAUCAAUUACAUGAUAGGAGCUAGGGUUCUACAACACCCAAGUGAAAAUGGAAACUACUCCAUGCUAGAUAAAAGAAGAACACAAAGGAAGAAGAAAUAAACCAUCAUUGUGAUGCCUCCAACCCUCCUUGUGCUUGUAGAAAUCCUCCUUGGGAGAGGAUCUUCCAAAAUCUUCACUUGGAACAAACCCUAGCCUCUUCUCCCUCUUGGUUCGUCACAUUUUCUCUCUAGGGUUUCAAGAAGAAGCCUCUCCCCGCUUUUGGGGCUCCCCCUCUUUCUUCCUUUCAGCUCACAUUUUAUACUAGGAUCGGGUUUAGUUCACGACUUCAGUUCACGGUCGUGAAAUCCUCAAUGCGUGCGUGGACUCGGCGUGCUGUGUCGAAAUGCACCUCUUCACUCACUUGAGUUCACGAUUUGCAUUCAAAGUUCACGGUCUUGGUGACCGUGAACUCACGCGGCGUCUGUAACCUCAGAAAUCGCCCUGGCGCUUCGCGGUUCACGGUUUAUGGCUCCAGUUCACGGCCUUAGGAGAUCGUGAACUCCAAUGGUAAAUGGUGAACAUGGCCCGAACCUGGACGCUUGCACUUCACACGUGCUAGGACCUGAAAUGUAUCGAAACAAGCACAACCUAGCGUGAAAUAUGUCGAGAGAUGAUGAAAUGCAAAGCCAAACUAUCAAUAAAUGAGGGGUAAAAUGUGUACAAUUAGGCCCGAAUCAUAACACAAGCGUGUUCAAGGGUGUGUCAACUCAACUAAUCGACACUCUAGCAUAGUUGACAAAAUAGAAUUGAAGAACAACUAUAAUACGACAUGGAACACAACCGUGUUCCAGGGUGUGUCAGACAUGGUGUCAAAAAUAGAGAGCUUUGGAAGAGAAUGGGUAUUGGUUUUAAUUCUUUUGUGAUAAGAAACGAUUGAAGUUCCUAAUAUCGAUGACAUAUGUUCACCAUGGAAAGUCUAAGUGCAUAAGUGAACGAGUAACAUGUCUACAUCACUCUCAGGUUGAGGUAUUUACUGUCGUAUAUAUGUAGUUACAAAAAAUUAAUAAUUGAGGUCAAUUUUCAGUUAUUGUCAUCUAUGGCUUGCUUAAAUUCACAUAAUUCAUUUGUCAUUUUUUACAAGGAGAAAGUGAUGCAACUGGCAACUCUCUAACCCUACGAGUUCCUUUUGAAUCUUAUGAAACUUUUUCAUCAUCUAUUGAAUUCCUAUAUCUGUGAUCUAACAUUUAAUGACAAGUUCAAAUACUUACAAGGGGUUGAUGAGUUAGAAAAAAAUUGUAUCCAUCUAUUUCCUUGCUUAUCAAGUUGGCACUUCCUGUUAGAAAAGCAAAUGUGGAGAGAUCAUUUCCAUCCAUGAAAUAUAUCAAGAACGAUCUUUGAAAUAGGAUGAACGAUUAGUGAUUGAACGAUGCUGAUGACAUAGAACACGGUUUGUACGUUAGUUUGGAUUGUUCUAAAAUGCUUCCAGAAUAUGAAAUCUCGCCGCGGUAACAGUGUGCGCCGAACUACGAUUAUGUAAUUGUACGAAUUUCAGUAUUAUGUAAUUGUACGAAUAUUGAAGUUCUUGAUAUACGUAAAGGGAAUAUACAUAGGUUUGAGUCGAGGCAAUGAAUAAAAUAUUGUUCAUUUUCAUGCGAGGGAUGACUCUCUCUGCUUCAUAUGAACAAGCUUUGUAUUCAAGUUGGUGGGCAGAAUUAGAACGUGAGCUUGUGAAUGGUCCUAGUGAGGGGGUGUAUGAGCCAAAACUGUCUAAACAUAAAUGUUGCCCAUAUUUCAUUGUUCCUUUCCUUUCCUUUCCUCUAUCUAUUUCAUCCUGACUCGUCUAUUCCCGAGAACGGUAAUGAGACAUUUAAUAAUCUUAAAUGCAAUGUAGUCAAAAUCCCGAUAAUAAUCUUAAAAUCUUACG